AUGCGCCUUAAAGAUGAACGUGCUAAAAUUUGCAACGAGAUACUGAAUGGAAUCAAAGUGGUAAAACUGUAUGCCUGGGAACCACCAAUGCAAGAAACUGUGGAGGGAAUCCGACAGAAAGAACUCGCUUUAGUCCGAAAAUCCGGUUUUACUAAGGCUGUCAUUGAUAGCUUCAAUGCUGCAUCGCCAUUUUUUGUCGCUUUGUUAACAUUUGCAACAUAUACGCUGACAAGCUCAGGCCAUAUCCUUACUCCCCAAAUUGCUUUCGUUUCACUGACGCUUUUCAACCAGUUGCGCUCACCGAUGUCAAUGAUUGCAUAUUUGGUAAAUUUGACUGUACAGGUAUGA